CCCAGUUUCACUUUCCUGGAACUGACAAUAUUUUCUAUAUGGGGUAUCCUGCAACUUUUUCAGUCUGGGACAAACUGAACUGAGGUUGAUAUCAGUUUGAUAUCAAAUCCUCACCACAAGCCUCUUUCUAAUGCCUUUUCACACUGUGUCAGUCUAUGUUUACAAUGAAAAUUUCAGUGGAACUUUAAACCACUAACUUCAAAUUGCUCAGUCAUGACAUCUUUGAAAAAAAAAAAAAACAUUAGCCCUGAAUCACUUCCUCCUCUGACCUCUCUACCGCAGCUCUGCUAAGAAUGUGUGAAAUUCUCAGCUCACUUGGUUUAGCACACUUCAACCUGGUAGGGCAGCGCGUUGAAGCAUAGAGGUAUUUGUGGACGAGUGAGACACGAUGUGGAUUACACUUUUUCUCUUCAAAAUCAUCUGUUUUUCUAUGUCCCAAGCUGCUGGUGGCAACAGUUUCACAACACAGAAGCCAUUGAGGUGUGGAGAUGUCCUGCUUCACUGUACACAAAGUAGCCUUUCUUGGACACGGUGUUAUGAGGAAAAAAUUGCAAAAUGUGAACUCAAAACACGCAUAUUCGGCUUCAGUCGCCAAACCGUGAACUCAUUACUAGAGGGUGAUCUGAACCCUACAUCUCACCACAGAGUUUACAUCACAUCCUCAUCUUUCGAAGGAGCUGCCACCACAGUGAUGGCUUCUGUGAUCAACAGCACUUAUUUUAAGCUGAGUCCUCCACAGAGAAGUAGAUUACAAUUCCACCGCAGAGAAGGCACUGUGCUGAGAGGAUUAGUGCUUGCGGUGAAGGCAGUUAACAUGACAGAAAAUGGUGAAAUCAUCAGAAAUCUUUUACAACCCAUCAUGUUAUUCUUCAAACACAACAACAUGUUGUCAGAGAUUACAGAUGGAACUUGUGUAUUUUGGGAAGAAUCAAACAGUGGAACAGGUUAUUGGAGUGUUAAAGGCUGCAAAACCAAUAAAACUGGAGAUGAAUUUAUUUGCAGCUGUGACCAUCUCAGCUUCUUUGCUGUGCUUGUGAACCCAGAGAUAUCAGUCACAAACUUGGAUGCGGAGAAGCUAAGCUACAUCACUUACAUUGGAUCAGCACUCUCAGUCAUCUUCACAUUCAUCAGCCUGAUCAUCUUCAUUUGGCUACAUCGGCGGUCUCCUGAGAAGGCCAUAGGUCUGCACAUGCAACUAACAGGGGCAAUGUUCUGCCUCCACCUCAGCUUCCUGCUGUGCAGUUUCUGGGAAUGGCUGAGGAAAAAUGAGGACAGCUCAAUUUGCCUGGUUCUUGGUCUCUUUCUACAUUGGUCUCUGCUGGCCACCUUGACCUGGACUGCUCUGGAGGGGUUUCAAAUCUACCUUUUGCUCAUUCGGGUCUUUAACAUCUAUAUCAGGAGAUACCUGCUCAAACUCUGCCUGGUUGGAUGGGGUUUUCCCACAUUUGUCGCAACAAUUUGUGGGAUUUCAGGUGUUUAUGGCAAGUACACUCUACAACUAAGGGAAGCCAAAAAUGGCAAUUCAACAGCACAAAUGUGCUGGAUUAGCAGCGACUUCCAAUCAAGGCGUCCUCUAGUGAGCUACAUCACUACCGUGGCCUUUCCUUUGUUGGUGGUCCUGUUCAAUGCCUGCAUGCUGGGGCUGGUUGUGUGUAAGAUGUGGAAAUUAAGAAGUGAUGAUAAGAAGAUGAACUUUGGAAGCAGCAGUGACUGGAAGGAGAUAAAGAAAGAGAAAAGAAAGAGGUUAUGGAAGGACUGUCUCACAGUGCUGGGCCUCAGCUGUGUGCUGGGGUUACCUUGGGGGUUAGCCAGCACUACAUACGUUUCACUCACUGGGAUCUACAUAUUCACCAUUUUGAACUCCCUUCAAGGUGUAUUUAUAUUUCUUUGGUCUGUGGGUUUGGCCCGGAAGUCUUGAUCUGGCUAGGUUUCAUUAGUCAGUGACUCUUCAGAAAUGAUGGACACCAGUUGUAACAGCCAAUAGCCAACAAAAGCCAAUAUGUAUUAUCUAUGACCUGUAUUAGGUGUUGACUGUUGAAUGAGGUUUUUUUGCUGUUUUCUUUCUUCUUUUAUAUGCAAAUGUCUAUUUUGAAAAAAUGCACCUAUGAUUCUUAUGGUUGCAUUAUUUUUAGUAGAGAAGGCAAAGAUUCUCAACAAUUUACUGAUUCAUAUAAGAAAAUUCAUGUAUUAUGACUUAGGUAAGUUACUGUAGAUGGAAACUUUUGCGCUUUCAUAAAAACAUUUGGUUUCACUGCAGGUCAUUCUGUCAGUGAGAUGUACACUUUCAGAUAUUUUCUUCUGGCUUUCUCCUGUAUGAGUCAAGUAGGAAAACUAUGAUUAAAAUAUUGUAAUGCACAGCAUUAGUUCUGCACACUUAAAUCACCUACAUGAUCAUUUCUGGAAACUGUCAUAAGGUUUGAGGUUUCAUGUUAGUUUCAUGAGCUAAAAUUGACCGUAACCUUUUCCUUCAGUGGUUUGGGUGCAAAGAUUGCUGUCAGUCCUUCUGUUUUAAGCAACAGAACAUCCUGAAACACAAGCCAGCCUAUCACAGACCCCACAUACCCUCUCAGCAGCUGACUCAAUGUGUAUUAGUCACCUAAGAAUGAGGAGGCUAUGCAGACACGCCAUGACUUUAUGCUACUGUACAGAUGAUUGUGAAGCAUGGAUGUUGCAACAUAGCUCAGUGGAAGCCAUCUUGAUUUUCAUGGUUAGUACUGUUACUGAAGGAGUGUUUAACAUGAAAAAAUACUUUUAUUGCUUUGGACUGAACUGACUUUUCUGUGAAAUGGGGCUGCAGACAUCAUCUCAUGUUAUCUGACAGGAAUUGAAACUGAGUAUUGAACUAUGAAACUCAACAACAGAGUCGCUCUAGAGUGACUCCUUGUGCACAAUAAUUUCUGCCUUUUUUGUAUUACUCAUGGUUUUACUCAUAGGCUGGUUGAUUUACAACAGCAUGUAAUGUGACAGAUCCUCCAAUACACAUGUGCAACCAGAGUAGCAUUUAAUUCAAUUAACCUGUAGUUCUACAUCCAGCUGAUAAAAACAUUAGUCUCAAGGCACCUUACAUAAUAAGACAAAGACCCUAGGAAGGAAAACCACAACCAUAUGGUGAUCCUUUAUAAGCAGCACCUGGCCAUAAAGGAAACAGACAGGAACAGAUCUUCAACAGAAGCCAUCUGCUUUUGUGGUUCCAGGGGAAGGGGAAAUAGAAGAUAAAUAAAGAAGAGCACACAGAGAUAAGGAGAGCACAAACUAUGAGAAGAAGGCAACAUUUUGUGGCAUGCAGUAGUGCUGUAAAACACAAGAGUGAAAAGAGUUUAGCGGAGAAGAAUUCUUUUGUCCAUAAUGGGAAGUCCCAUCGCAUCUGUCAAACAACUCGCGGUUACAGCUGUUCAAAACCCCACAAGGCUGGCUGACACGAUUGACAAUGGGCAAGCUGUGAGUACUCACUGUGUUUACUGAAUGCAAUAUGGAUGAGAUCUUGAAGAAGCUCAUGGCUCUGCAACAGGGAAUUGAUAGAUCUGAUGACCAGUGAGGGACAUUAGGCCAACAGCAAAAUUGGAUGCAGUUGUUCACAUUAACCCAAACAACAGCAAGUUUAUUUAUUCAUGCGGGUGGCUGUGGCUCAGGCGGCAGAGCAGAUCAGCUACUGAUUGGAAGGGUGGUGGUUCGAUCCUUGGCUUCCCCAAUCUGCAUGUCA